AUGCAGCCGCCGCCGCGGAACCAGCCCAAACGCCGCCGGCUGCUCGCUCUCCCGGCGGUGUGCCCGUGCGAGGGCAUCGCGCCGGAGCCCCUGCUCGCCUCCCUCGUCUCCCUCGCGGCCGACGUGGCCAGCCGCAGGGCCAGCGACGCCCCGGUGCUACGCCGCGCAGUCCGCCAUGCGGUGCGCCUCGCGGGCCUCCUGCUCGCGUUCCUCGAGGAGGUUCGGGACGCGGACACGUCCACGCUGCCCUUCUCCGCCGUGCUCGGCCUCACGGAGCUGCACGUGUCCAUGCAGAAGAUGAGGUUCCUCCUCACGGACUGCGCGAGGCGGGGCGCGCGGUUGUGGGUGCUCGUCAACGCCGGACAGAUAGCGUCCGAGCUCAGGCUGUGUCUCGGGUCCGUCGCCGCGGCCAUGGACGUCCUGCCGAGGAGCGUCGUGGACGUGUCCGUGGAGGCAGGGGAGCUCGGGCGCUUGGUCGCAGAUCAGGCGGGGCGCGCGGUGCUGCGGCCAGACGCCGGUGAUAGGCUAGCCCUGCGGAGCGUACGGUCGAUCAUGGAUCAGUUCAAGAAAGGCGUCGCGCCAGACUCCGAGGAUGUGAUGCGGGUGCUCCGCCGGAUCGGGGUCGAGACCUGGUCCCAGUGCUCCGAGGAGGUCGCGUUCUUGGACAGCGAGCUGGCCGCACGGUCCGACGCCGGCGACGACAGCAGCAGCGAAGUCGUGCUCAUCAACGGCUUAAUGGCGUUCCUGGUGUACUGCCGCGUGGUGCUGUUCGAUCGCAUUGACUCGAAGCAGGCGGAUGCGGUGCGGCCGGCGACGUGCCCGGAGUGGAUCAGACCGGAGGCGCUGCAGUGCCCGAUCACGCUGGAGCUCAUGACCGACCCGGUGACGGUGUCCACGGGCCAGACGUACGACCGCGCGUCCAUCAGCCGGUGGAUGAAGGCCGGGUGCCGCACGUGCCCGGUCACCGGCGAGAGGCUCCGCAACGCCGACCUCGUCCCGAACGCCGCGCUGUACAUCGUCGCGAAGUUCUCGACGGGGUCCACGGAGGAGCGGCGGAAGGCGACUUGCGAGGCCCGCAAGCUCUCUAAGCACAGCCUGUUCUACCGCGCGCGCUUCGUCGAGGCCAACGCCGUGCCGUGGCUGCUGUGCCUCCUGUCCAUCAUGGACGCGUCCGUGCAGGACAAUGCCGUGGCGUCCCUCCUCAGCCUCUCCAAGCACCCCGGCGGCCGGGCGGCGCUCGUCGAGGCCGGAGGCAUCGGCCUCGUGGUCGACGUCGUCAACGUCGGCGCCAAGGCCGAGACGCAGCAGAACGCCGUGGCCAUACUGUUCUACCUCUCGUCCAACGCCGAGUACGCCGAGGAGAUCGGCCGCUUCCCGGAGGCCAUACCGACGCUCGUGCGGCUCAUCCGGGAGGGCGCGCAGCGCGGCCGGAAGAACGCCAUGGUCAGCCUCUACGGGCUGCUCCAGUCCCCGAGCAACCACGCGAAGGCCGUCGCCGCGGGCGCCGUGGCUGCGCUCGCGGGCCUCCUGUGCAGCGACCGCGACGGCGACCUCGCCAGCGACACCGUCUCGGUGCUGCAGGCCCGUCUAGCUCAGUUGGUAGAGCGCAAGGCUCUUAACCUUGUGGUCGUGGGUUCGAGCCCCACGGUGGGCGCUUCUUAUUUUUGUUUUAUCAGCUCAGCAUGUUCGUCCUACGAUUUUUUUUUUGAGCUGUGA